CAGGGGAGCCAGGGCGGGGGGAGAGCCGGGGCGUAACUUCGAAGCAGAUUGUUGCUUGUCCCCCUGGCCCAGCCCGCAGUGGGGUUAAACCCCGUCGAGUCCAAGGACGAUCUCCUCUCUCCCCGUUCCUCCCUCCUCCGCCCCGUGCCAGCUGUGAAGCCGGGAGCCAGUGCGUGGCUUUGCUCGCAACAGGGUGGAGGAGAAUUCGUCUUGUCUCGUCAAUCGAUGAGGAGAGUGGAGAAGUUCAUUCCCAGUGCGUCCAGAGGAGCUGGCGAGUUCCCGCCCAGUGUCACCGGACUGCGCGCACCCGCGCUGGCGUCCGGGCCGACGGACAGACUGACAGACUGACGACAGCCAACGAGCCAUGAAGUUCUGGCUCCAGAGUUGUCUCGCAUCCCGUGGCGUUGCAGAGCGGGGGCGAGCGUGGAGGAAUACGGUAUCAGGAUGUGCGGCACUGGAGAUCAACACCGACUUCAGUAAACGAUGUAAUGGAGGCAGUUCUGGAUCUCUGAAUGGGCUCGGAGUAUCUGCGUUAACGAACAUUCUCUGGUGGUGGAUGUGGACUUUAAAACAGUGUGUCUCAACAUUUCAUCCUCAACUAUCUGUUUUUAAUCUGAUUGCACUACAAAAGAAAAAGCUGCUAAUGGGAUAAAUGUUGAGACUUUACAAGAGCUAACUUGAAGUACCGAAAGCCAUUAUUAUUAAUCAAGAAGAGCUUGAAGCUAAGUCUGUAUCUGACCAGUCAGUAUCAUUUUCACAUAACAGGCAUGGCAAGUAAAAGAAAAUCAACAACACCAUGCAUGGUCUUAGCCAACGAGCAGGAUCCGGAUCUAGAAAUGGUAUCAGACUUGGAGGAAGGACCACCUGUACUCACGCCAGCAGAGAACCCUACAGCAGAGAGUGUAACAAGUGAUGAGGAUGUUCAUGAGUAUGUGGAUUCAGACAAUCAGAAAAACACAAAUAAAGUAGAAGGUGGUUAUGAGUGUAAAUACUGUACUUUUCAAACUCCAGAUCUCAAUAUGUUUACUUUCCAUGUGGACUCAGAACAUCCCAACGUAGUGUUAAAUUCAUCCUACCUUUGCGUAGAAUGCAAUUUUCUUACCAAAAGAUAUGAUGCUCUCUCAGAACACAAUUUGAAGUACCACCCUGGAGAGGAAAAUUUUAAAUUGACUAUGGUGAAACGUAAUAAUCAGACAAUCUUUGAACAAACAGUAAACGAUCUCACUUUUGAUGGGAGUUUUGUUAAAGAAGAAAAUGCUGAACAGGCCGACUCUUCUGAGCCCCCCUCGUCGGGGAUCUCAAUUAGCAAAACUCCUAUAAUGAAAAUGAUGAAAAACAAAACUGAAACUAAACGUAUUGCUGUUUUCCACAAUGUAAUUGAUGACAUUCCUGGUGAAGAAAAGGGAACUGAUAAUGAGCCAAACUCUGAAGAAGUAAUAGAAAACCCGCCACCACUGGUCUCGGAGUCAAAAGCGAGCCAUUCGGUUGUUUGCAGUGCAGCAGAUGUGGCUGGUGCGGUAGUGACUCCAGCACCAAUGCUUCAGCCUGGGGUAGCACAAGUUAUAACAGCUGUUGCAGCUCCACAGAACUCAAACCUGAUUCCAAAAGUCCUAAUACCUGUAAACAGCAUUCCAGCCUAUAAUACUGCUUUGGAUAACAAUCCUCUUCUGCUUAACACCUACAACAAAUUUCCGUAUCCAACUAUGUCGGAAAUCACUGUGCUUUCCACUCAAGCUAAGUACACAGAGGAGCAGAUUAAAAUCUGGUUUUCUGCGCAGCGUCUGAAACAUGGUGUGAGCUGGACACCGGAGGAAGUGGAGGAAGCAAGGAGGAAACAAUUUAAUGGCACGGUGCAUACUGUGCCACAGACUAUUACUGUUAUUCCAGCACACAUUUCUGCUGCUAGCAAUGGUUUACCUUCAAUUUUACAGACAUGCCAAAUAGUUGGUCAGCCAGGACUUGUUCUUACUCAAGUUGCAGGUGCAAAUACAUUACCAGUAACAGCCCCGAUAGCUUUGACUGUAGCAGGAGUCCCAAACCAAACACAGUUGCAGAAGAGUCAGGUUCACACCGCUCAGCCUGUUGCAGAAACCAAGCAAGUAGCUGCUGUUCCAGCCCCUCAGCCUAUCAAAAAUGAAUCCACACUGAUGAAUCCCGAUUCCUUUGGCAUCCGAGCAAAAAAAACUAAAGAACAGCUGGCAGAAUUGAAAGUCAGCUACCUUAAAAAUCAGUUUCCUCAAGAUUCAGAAAUUGUUAGACUUAUGAAAAUAACAGGCCUGACUAAAGGAGAGAUCAAGAAGUGGUUCAGUGAUACACGCUACAAUCAGAGAAACUCAAAGAAUAAUCAUGGGAUUCAUCUCAACAGUGAUUCAUGUGCCACCAUUGUUAUUGACUCAAGCGAUGAAAUGAAUGAAUCCCCAACGGGAGUCACUCCACAGAGCAAAUCACUGUGGGGCCCUUUUCCUGAUUUCACCCCACAGAAAUUCAAAGAGAAGACAGCUGAACAGCUGCAAGUUCUCCAAACAAGUUUUCUUAACAACCCUAUCCUUACCGAGGAAGAGAUGAAUAGAUUAAGAGCCCAAACAAAACUGACCAGGAGAGAGAUUGAUGCCUGGUUUACAGAAAGAAGGAAGUCAGAUGUCUUGAAGGAAGAGGGAGCUGACUUGAGUGAGAGCAAUGCUGGAAGCUCAAAAGAAGAGGCUGGAGAAACAUCUGUGGGAGAUGGAGCAACAGGAGCAAAAUCAGGGUGUUCCACUUCAAGCAAAGUAGGCAAAAAAUCACCAGAGCAGUUGCACAUGCUUAAAAGUUCUUUUGUCCGUACUCAGUGGCCAUCUCCCCAAGAAUACAACAAGCUGGCAGAAGAAACUGGGCUCCCAAGAUCAGAAAUUGUGAGCUGGUUUGGAGAUACUCGCUAUGCCUGGAAAAAUGGUGGAUUGAAAUGGUAUUAUUAUUACCAGAGUGCUGGUGCAAACAGUCUGAAUGGCCAGAGCUUUGCAAGAAAGAGAGGGAGAGGAAGACCAAAAGGGAGGGGGAGAGGGAGGCCUCGGGGGAGGCCUCGGGGAAGCAAGAGGUUAAAUUGCUGGGACAGAGGUAUGUCUGUCAUAAAAUUCAAAACUGGAACAGCAAUCCUGAAGGACUAUUAUAUGAAGCACAAAUUCCUUAAUGAGCAAGACCUUGAUGAACUGGUAGCCAAAUCUCACAUGGGAUAUGAGCAGGUCAGGGAGUGGUUUGCAGAAAGGCAAAGAAGAUUAGAACUUGGAAUAGAGCUGUUUGAUGAGAAUGAGGAGGAAGAUGAAAUGCUGGAAGAACAGGAAGAUGAGGAAGAAACGGAUGAUAGUGAUACUUGGGAACCUCCCAGACAUGUUAAGCGUAAACUUUCAAAAUCAGAUUGACAUGUAACUUGAGAUUUGGCAGCCAGAAACCUAUGAAUUAGGUUUGAUGUUGCAAUGAAGAGCCAAAUGAUUUUUUUCAUGGCCUUCAGUUUAGCAAGCACCUGCUUAGCAUCUUCCUGCUACCUAAAAGAACAUGGGCAAGAUGCUCCCUGUGCAGGCAACAAUUAUUUGCUUCCUUGUUGUAAGUGAUGGUCAUCCUCAGGCCCAGCCUAGGACAUGGGGUUAUAAAUCAGAUCCAGUUCAGCUCCUCCUCUUCCACGUUACUGAUGGGAAGGUUCAUGUUCAUCAGUUCACAUGAUGGCUUCUCAGUAUUUAAUUGCCUUAUGUUGUUUAAUUCCAAAAAAAACCAGAGACCUAUUUUUUGUUGAUGUGGGAGAACAUUGCCUGAUCAUCAAGGAGGAAAGUAGAAAAACCUAAGAUAUUUUUUUGCAAAUGUCACUUCACCCGAAAGGUUUCCAGGCCUGGGUUUGUUUCUUAAGGAAAGAGCUCAAAAGAGAAGGGGAAAAGUGUGAUGAAAGAAUCAGUGAGCCUAGGGGUGAGGAUUGCUUGGUUUAAGAAAAGGAUGUGAUAUCGGCACCUUUUGCAUAUCUUUAGAGUGUUUCGGGUUUACAGAACUUGUGCUGAAAUGUUCCUUGUUGAUGAUUCUGAGCUAACUGAAUGAAUCUAGUGAUAGAAGAUGCUUUUCUUUACAUUUAAUCAGCGUAUCCUACAUCAAUCUAAAUGCCUGACAAACUUGAUGCAGUCAGUAGUAACACUUGUUUUUAGCCUGUGCGUUCUUUCCUUGGUUGGAAAUGGUAAGAAAAGUUUGUAUAUUUCUAGCUAAAAUGACUGAUUUCUUGAAAUCUUACACUGAAUUUUAAGAUAAAUGUGAGGUAGAAACUGCCUAGAACUUGUUCAGAGUUGCUUAGGGUUUUGUAAGAACAUACAGAUACAGAGACAAAAAGCAUCUUUGAGUACUAGUAAGAAAGAUUUCCAAGUAAGUUUUGGCAAUGACAUGGUUUAACUCUCAAAAAAAUGAAGUUAUGUGGCUUUUAGAUGCUUAGAAAUUAUAAACAUGCUGAUGUUUAAUGAUUCUUCAGUGAUAGCCCAGUAGAAUGAUUUGUCCAAAAGUUUAACCUUAAUUCAUCCUAACUAAUUGAGCUCACCACUAUUCUUAGAGCUGCUGGGUGAAUGCACCUAUUUUUAGAGGUCAUUUGAUCUACCUGAGCUGAACUCCAGAAGUAGUUUAAUUAGAUACAGAACAUCUACAUCUUGAAUCAGUGUCUUGAAAACAGGAGGGGGAAAAAAAAAGGAAAGAAAAAAAGCUAGUCUCAAAACAUUGAACUCAGCACACUAAGUUUUAAUUAACAACUUAAAAACACAGUUGUAAGUUAACUUAGGCAGGUGUCUGGCAUCCUAGAGAACUGGUACUCCAAGGAAGAGUAGUUUGUAUUGUAGCUAAUGUCAAUCUGCAUUUUUUUAGGGAUAAAUUGCUUUAUAUUUAGGUGUCAAAAGAUGAUCAUGAGUUGGUGCUGCUGUCACCAGCAUUGGCAGCAUAUGUUGGCACUAAUGGAAAGGAUGCUGGCAAUCUCCAUUUCCACAUCUGUUAGCAUCUUCUCUGUAGGCUUCUGCUCGGAUGACCAGUGAGAAACAGAUUAGUAUAGAGGAAGUGUGUCCCAGUAUUGCUGUUUUUCCCAGGGACCUAAUUUGGAAUUAGUCUUUCUUCCUUACUGUGGUAGCUGUCAAAAGACCAAGAAAGUUCUUUUAGUCAAGAUUCUGUGGAGCAGAGGAGAUGUCUAUGUUAUAUCUGUUUUUCAUAUCUGAUUGUGUGUGAAGCCCAGGUCAAUGCAAAACAGGGAAUGACAUCUGGCCAAAAAAAAGCUCUGUUAAUUCACCUUCCUCUCUGGACAUUUGCAGCUGCCCUUCUGCUCCCAGAUGGAACAGGCUGCCCGAGUUGCAUAAGAAUGUUCUGUGUGAAAGCCAUUUAACAGGGGGAGCUCUUAGGACCAUUUGAGAAUUCUGGAAAGAAAAAGGCAGUAGCUUUCAGUCUGUGACGUGAAUUUGAUGAUGAAACUAUUUCCUGUCUUCCAAGAUUUAAAUUGAUGUGGCACAAAGUGGCCUGUGGUGCCAGAGGGGACUAGCCAGAAAUCUCUCAGUUUAAUUUAGGGUCAGGAGAGAAGCAAAACUGUGUUGUCAGCAUAUUCCAUUGGAGUGCUUAUGAUUCUGGAUGUGAUGUGGUGUAAGAAAGAUCAGGAUCUGGCCUUUUCAGCACUGACUUCUCUUGUGUGCUUGAGAGGCAUUCUUGUUUGACUUGUAAUGUUAUAGAUUAUGCUGUUGUAGAUGCCAGCAGGUUUAAAAAAGGCUCAUGUUAGCUUCAAGCUCCACUGGGAAUACAGGGUCAAAAUCAGUGCUUGCUGAGUGGGAUGAAGCUAAUAGGGAUAGAGAUGCUAUUUUUAAGUUUCAAAAAAAUAUUAAAGCAAAUUCUUAAAAUCCUUGGGAAUAUGCCUCUAGCAAGUGAAAUCUGGAGUUGUGUUAAUCCCAAAGCUUGACCCAAUGCUUAUAUUAAAAAACAAAACAAAACAAAACCCCAAACACACAAAACCCCAUCCAGGCAACCUGUCCAAAUAAACAUCUCCUUUUGUUGCUAGCAGAGACUGCAUUUAGGUUAGCAUUAAAUCCAACUUUUUUUAAAAGAUGGGGAAGAAAUAAAAGUCCAAGUUAAUUAUAUGAUUAAACUGGGAAAUUUUCCAUUUUGGCAGUGUUCUGUUAAAUCACACUCGGCCACAAUGGUAGGCCUCAGCACAUCUGGUCUGAAAAACACAGGAAGAGGAAAUACAUUGUUUAUUAGACUAAAUAUAGUUGGAUUGGACAUCUUCUUUCAGUAAAAUGGUCAGAGAAGGCUGAUGUAGACUAGGCCAGAUUUUCAAUUGCUGUAAAUAUUACAGUUCCGUGGAUUCCAAUGGCUGUGACAGUUUUUAACAGCCCCUUGAGGAGUGUUGUCUCACUGCAGAAUAUAAAAUUUAAAGUGUGGACUGUCGGGUGAUUAAUGAGAGAUAUGGAGUAGCCACCUUUCCUUUGGCCAGCAUGCACACUGGAAGCCUGUCAGUUAUGCCAAGGAUGAGAAAAAUCUCAGUGGGUUCAGUCUGAAGAGAGCAGUUGUAUGCAUUCAUUAUUACUCAGAAUCUGUUGCUUCUGUUUGAACAUACAGCAUCCAUUUAUCAUCAGGUUGGUUUCAUCUUUAGCUAGGACAGAGAGAAACUCCUCCUGUAGGCCUCCAGCAUCAAGACUGACAGGAAAAGUGUUGGAAAGAGCUGUCAGCAUGCUCAUCUGUGAGUUGUGGUUGUGCCUGGUGGGAACUCAAGGAUUCUAGUAGCAGUGGAUUAAUCCAGGUUCAUCUCAACCAGCCUUUCGUUGCUGUGCUCCUUACCAGGGUGCUUAAGGCACACUACAUAGGCACCUGAGAGAAAUGGAAAUCAACUGGCGGGUGAAUAGGGCACCUCCUCAUGGUACCAGUUAUGUACAGGAAACUUCCUGAACUUGAGCACACGUGGAAGUGUCUUAAUUUGUGAUGGUCUGAGAAUCACUGAUCAUUAGAAGUGUGCCUCUGCAGCCUGACUCCCUCUUGUAGCUUACACACACCUGCAGGGUGUUUUAGACUCAGCUGCACUGACAGUAGGGAGGGAAGGGGCAAGAACGUCUGCUGGGUGAGUGUGCACGUGAGGUUUUGCAUGUUUCCCUACUCAGAGAACUGUGUGGAUAGGCCUGGAUAGUUUACUGUAUUUCUGUGGAGCCUCGCCCCUUAGAUUCGAGCUUGUUAUGCACCAGUGGUGGUCACUGGUGGUCAUUGACCAUGAGAAGAAGAAAGUCUUUGAUCUUGUUCAGAUAUUAACUUCCAGUAGCUGGUUUGUUUUCAGUCACUGUUGAGAGCACUGUUUCAGAAUUCACUUGUGAGCACCAGUUCCUUUAGAGCCAAGGCAGAGCUUGUCUCUUUAUCUGCUGUUUCUGCUGAGAGUACCUAAUCUGAUGAUGCUAGUUACUGCUGUCUCUGAAAUUGCACUAAAGAGAGAAAGAUAAUCCCAUGCCAGACUGAAGAAAGAGAAGGGCUAAAAGAAAGCAAAUGGUGUCACAACCAGGUGAGGCAUCCACCGUCACAGUAUUGUGUGGCUUCAUGGCAUGUUUUGCUCUUGCUUUUGAGUACCAAGACAGAGCACAAUUCCAUCUUAAAACAGUGCUGUCUUCCCAGUAUCAGCCUCUCAAUGACCCCAAGGUUAGUGUGUUGUAAAAGUCAGACCUAUUCCUCCCCAGAGGUCUGGAUGAACUAACAGAGUGCUGGCUUGUAGGAAGUGGGAAUAUAAAAAAGGAAAAUACAGAAGCCUGAGGGCUGCUUGCCCUGCAGAAUUCACUUACCUGGAAGUUGUUAAGCAAAAUAGGCUUUACUCUUGCUAUUCUGACAGAACAGGUAAAACAUUACCAGCAUUUUCAGCACAUGGAUAUCUCUGCUUUGUUUUGAACACAGAGGAAAGAUACCUAAUCUCUCUUGAUUAGAAUUGAGUAGGUUAUCUCUAAUACACUGUAGUAAAUGAGGCCAUUCCCAGUUCUUAACCUUGUCCACUACCACUUUAAAAACUGUUUUUUCAACACAUUAUAUGCAAUGUGGUGUCUGAGUAUAACUUUGAUUCUUGGGAAGGAAAAUCUUGCAAUGUCGGCACACGACACAAAAUAAUUUUUCUAAUGCAUGAUUUGCUGGCUUUGGGCAAAAGCCUUUUUUAUUUCCUGCUCACCAAGGAGCUCUUAAGGCAGGCACAGAAAAUAUUUCUGGAGCCCAUACAAAGUGAUUCAUAGCCUUAUGCAGUCCCCGUAGGCCAGAAAGCCCAAAGAUGCAGACGCUCUCUUCCUCCUGUUUUCCUCUGAAAUGAGAGCACAGCAGUAACUCUUGACAACUAGUCACUGGCUGCUGAGUAACCAAGCUGUAGUUUGAGGUGGGGAGCACUUUCCCUUUUGCACUUAAAGGAGUACUGUGUAUUCAGGCUGGAUAUCAGUGUUUGCUUCUGUAAAUAUGACAAUAUCAAUUUGCGUCCACCCGAGGUCCGUACCCGUCUAUAUUCAUAUCUCCCAAGGAGAGAAGAUAAUCCUUAAGCUUCUGCAAUAUUGAAUAUCCCUCCCCUAACCCAAAUACACAAAAAUAGAGUGCAAUGAAAUAUAGCUAUUUAAUUUAUUUUUUCUCAGAAAAUAUUUUUUUUCCUACACUCAGUAGUAAUGAAAAGGUAGUAUCAGUAAUCAGCACUAAAACUGUUGAGAGGUAUUCAUAAUGCCUGGGAUGAUUGUGCAAGUUAGAGAUGGGAAGGGCUGAGUGAGGGCUUGGUUCCCUGCGCUGAACAGUGCUGGGUUACACCCGUGUUCUCCAUCAAGCUUGUGAUGUCCCAGGAUAAGCAGAUUUACCAAGUAGCAUGACAUAAACUUCCUGAGUCAAGUUACUUGAUGUUUGGUGAUGCGUUAAAAUUCUGCAGGAAAGUAUUUUAAAAUGAAAGUUGUAACAAAGUAAAAAAUGCCCUCAGUAGUUGCUUAUACACAAUAGCUCAAAUGUCUGUAUUGGUUUCCCACUUCUGAAAAGGGAGGUUUUGAAGCACGGGUGGGUUACAACUAGUAUUUUGAAGUUGAAGGUUGGAGUUCUUGGGGAGUUUUCUCCUACAGUGAAGAGCAUCUGCACUUUUUUGAUGGAUAUUCAUUGUAAAACUGACUUACAGUGUUGUAAAAUCUGGAGAGGUAACUGAGGAUCCCAUAGCACUUUUCAUUAAUUAAGGUGGGAUUUGUCUUGUUGCAUGUUGAUGUCUACACUUGAGGAGGACACCAUGCCUAGUCCAUAUACCUAUUGAAUGCGAGUGUGUGUAUCCCACACGUCUGGAGCUGGUCAGACAAACUGCACCCUAAAUUCCAUGGACUGACUUACAGCUUGCAGGCAGGCACUGAUGCUACAGACAUCUGAAACUGGGCGAGAUGGAUCUUCGCCUGGAGUGUACUGGCAGGGUUGCAGCACUGAUCCUGGUGCAGUGGUUAGCAAUGGUACUUACCUCUGCUUCCAACAAGGCUUGUUGGGAAGUGAGGCCUUUUGGAUUUUUGUUUGAUUGUUUUUGGUUGUUUUGUUGUUUUUUUUUCUUUUAUUCUAGAGCAGGUAGCACUGCAGUGGUGGAUAAAUUAACUGAUCCUUGGUUAUAGUACUAUGGCAUAAAAAUGAUUUUAGAGACAAGGUUACUGUAAGAACAUUGGACCGCGCAUAACUUAGAAUGCGUUAAGACACGUGAUAUUUGUGUCCCAGUUGAUGAAAGUAUUUCCUUAUGCUUACUCAGUACUAGAUACCUGUCAAAAACUUUCCCUCCAGAAUCUGCUAGAGUGACAGAAGAUUCGUCUGUGAUACAAAGCGAUCAACCGCAAGAGCUCCGUUACGGUUUCAAAAUGUUCCCCCACCUCCAGUUCCAGCUUACAAGUGUUUCCAGUUUUGCAUAGUUGGCUAUCUGCACAUAUGCUUACAGUCUGUACAGAAAUGCACUAAAAUGAGUUGCCCUACCUGGGAAGGCUUUAUAUUGUGUAGAAAAAAAUGGCACUAGGUACUGCUCUUCGUGUGCACAGGAGAGUUAACAGGUGUCAGUCUCGUUUACAGAAAUGAUGGCGCUUUGCAAUUUUCUAUAAUAUAUUGCAAUAUAUUUAAAUGUCCUGUUUGACAUGUGAAAUUAAAUUAAUGCAUUGUUAUGUAUUUGGAGUAUGAAGAAGAUGAUUCACUAACGACCAGCAAGGUUUUUAGAAGGUAUCCAGUAUGUAGCUGUCUGUGUGAUCUGUCUGGUGUUUGUGAUGUUAAAGGAAGCAACAAUACUGUCACUGUUUAGAAUGAAGAGUUUCUUUUGAAUGAUGCAAUAGCUUACAGUGUCUUUCCUUUGUAGCUGCCCAGUGUGGUGAAGGGGAAGCAAUUCUUGAAAAAGUUCAAGAUAACUGGUUAACUGUGAAUGGGCCUAAUCUUUUGUGAAACCAAGAAAAUUUUUGGACACACACAGGACUUGAAGGACUGGAGCUUAGUGUUGUGCCAAAGUUAAACUACUGCAGUUGGCAGAAGUUCUGCACUGUAAAUAGAAGACUCAUGAAAAAGACAGCUUGUAAAAAUAAAAAUCAAAUUUUAAUACAGUACAUUUUUAUUCUGAUACACGAAAACAUUCUCUUUUAGACCUUUUUGAAGAGGCUUCAGUGACCACUAGAUUUUUGUCCUCUUAUAUUUUGUUUGGCCUAAUAUUAUAUGUUCUAGUAAGAUGGGCUUUAUUGCCUGUGUUCUUUGAUAUGUGAUUAAGCUUAUAGCUUUGAGUGACCAAACAUUUUACAGAGUAAAAGUUCUUAGAAACAGUAUAACGUAACUGAUAUUUCUGUGUCUUAUUUAUCAGGCUCUGCACAAACUUGGAAAGUUGUGCUGGACUUGUACAACUCAUUUACGGCAACGCAGCAUACUUCUGGAUGUCACAAACCUAAGCCUUCGUGGCAGUAUAGAUCUUGUCUUUGGAUUUAUUUUUGUUAUUUUUUUGAGGCAAAGAGAAGAAUGGAUGCUGCUGUAAAAUAUUUGUAAUAUUGCCAUUAUUGCUUUCUGUAGCAAUUACUGCUUUUGCUUCAACAGAUAAAGAAAAUAAAUCAGAGAUUAGAAAAGUCCUAAAAGGCGCUGGUAGAAGAAAAGACCAUGUGGGAACUUCUGAAAAUAAACUUUGUACCAAAAAUUUGACAACAGAAGUAAUGGAAUAAAUGUCUCCUUACUGA